CCUCUUCAUUCGAUUAAACGGUGGCGGUCGUCUCUCUCAAAAUUCCGAAAACCUCUUAAACCCUAGCAAUGCCGUCGAGUUUCUUCUUCGAUGCUGCUAGCGACGACGAGCUCGAAUUACUACGCAAUGAAGAAAAUAGUAGUGGUGAAGAAGACGUAGAGGAAGACGAAGCAGAAGAGCGUAUAGCUGGAGAAGACGAAGAUGGAGAAGAGGAGGAUGAAGAUGAAGAUGACGAAGAAGAAGUUGAAAAGAGGAAACGAGAUGCUGAUGCUCAGUCUCCUUGGGAUUUCGCAUCUUAUUCAAGCUCCGUUGGUGAAGAACACGCUCGCCGUCACACAACGUCUAUUGAUGAAAAGAUCUCCAAAGCUAUCCAGCAUCGUCCAGUUCCCAUUUCAAUAGAUGAAGACGAAGAAGAAGAAGAAGAAGACGAAGAUGUCUCCGGUGCUGAAGCUGAUAAACAAGAGGAGUAUAUUUCGGAAGACGAUGAGGCAGCUGAGUACAAACCAGAAGAUGUUGUUCCCAAGCCAUUCUUCUCUACAGUGGAUGGAGUUUCAUUUCAUGCUGAUACUUUCAUGGAGCUUAAUCUCUCUCGUCCGUUGCUUCGAGCUUGUGAAACUCUUGGUUACAAGAAACCUACUCCUAUUCAGGCAGCUUGUAUACCUUUAGCACUUACAGGGCGUGAUCUUUGUGCUAGUGCCAUCACUGGAUCAGGAAAGACUGCUGCAUUCGCUUUACCUACUCUUGAGAGGUUACUGUUCCGUCCCAAGCGUGUCUUUGCUACUAGAGUUCUUAUUCUCACUCCAACAAGGGAGUUGGCUGUCCAGAUUCAUAGCAUGAUUCAGAAGCUUGCACAGUUUACUGAUAUUAAAUGUGGGUUGAUUGUAGGAGGGCUUUCUGUAAGGGAGCAAGAGGUGGUUCUGAGGUCUAUGCCAGAUAUUGUUGUGGCAACUCCUGGACGUAUGAUAGAUCAUUUGCGUAAUUCCAUGUCUGUUGAUUUGGAUGAUCUAGCGGUCUUAAUCCUUGAUGAGGCUGACCGCCUUCUACAGACUGGGUUUGCCACUGAAAUUACCGAGCUGGUUCGUUUAUGUCCCAAGAGAAGGCAAACAAUGCUCUUCUCAGCCACAAUGACUGAAGAAGUUAAAGAGCUAGUCAAACUUUCCUUGAACAAACCGUUGCGUCUCUCAGCUGAUCCAUCAGCUAGAAGGCCACCAGGCCUGACUGAGGAGGUGGUAAGAAUACGUAGGACUCGUGAGGCAAAUCAGGAAGCUGUUCUUCUGUCAUUGUGCACAAGAACUUUUAAAUCAAAAGUCAUUAUCUUUAGUGGAACAAAACAAGCUGCCCAUAGACUGAAAAUUUUGUUCGGGUUAGCUGGCCUCAAAGCAGCUGAGCUUCAUGGAAACCUAACCCAAGCACAACGUCUUGAUUCUCUGGAACUUUUCAGAAAGCAAGAGGUUGAUUUUCUCAUUGCUACUGAUGUAGCCGCUCGAGGACUUGACAUCAUUGGUGUUCAAACAGUUAUAAAUUAUGCUUGCCCGCGGGAAAUAGACAGUUAUGUUCACAGAGUUGGUAGAACAGCUAGGGCUGGAAGGGAAGGUUAUGCUGUAACGUUUGUGACUGAUAGUGAUCGAUCCCUUUUGAAAGUUAUUGCAAAAAAGGUGGGAUCAAAGUUGAAGAGCCGAGUCAUCCCAGAGCAGUCAAUCGUCAAGUGGUCUCAGAUAAUCGAUGAAAUGGAAGAUCAGUAUUCCGCUGUUAUUUCAGCAGAAAGGGAUGAGCGAGCUCUAAGGAAAGCUGAAAUGGAAUUUGCAAAGGCGGAGAACAUGCUAGAGCACAGAGAUGAAAUAUAUUCACGCCCAAAAAGGACUUGGUUCAUGACAGAGAAGGAGAAGAAGCUCGUGGCACAGGCUGAAAAGGAUUCUGCAGGGAACCCUUCUGGAAGCGAACUAGUUAGUGCUAAUAUAGCAGAGGACCUCAAGAUGAAGGAGAAGAGAAAACGUGAACGCGAGAAGAAUCUCCCAAGGAAAAAACGUAGAAAGCUAGAAGCUGCCAGAGAGAUGCUAGAAGAUGACGAAGAAGAAGAGGAAGACGAAGAAGAAGAAGGAGAGGAAAAGCGAGGAAGGUCAAGAGGGAAAGACAAGAAGAAACAAGAUACAGAGAAGAAGGGAUUGACUCUAGUGGAUAUUGGUUACCGGCGAGCAAAAGCGGUGAAAGCAAAACAGAGAGCAAUUGAUUCCGGUAAGAUGGAUAGACCAACGCCGAACAAGAAACAAGUACGAAGUAAACCAAAAAGCCAGCCUCGAGAUGAAGAGAUGAAAGAUCUGUUCAAGAGUGAUAUGAGCGAGAAUAAACAGGGAAGAGGCGGCGGCGCUGGUGGAGCAAAACAUCGGACGCAGUCAAAGAACUCGUUCAAGAGCAAAGCUCGAUAUAAACGUAGGUAAAACGAAAAAGCAUUUUUGAGAAGGACAAGAACCCACGAGAAAAAAAGACAUUUAUUAGCGAAGGGUUUAAACAAUUUUAUUAUUGUUGUUGUAAUAUCAGAAUUUAGAACGAAGCAGGCGAAGAUGUUGGAAAUUUUGUUCUGUUUUUCUUUUCUUCCUAUGGUUGGUUUUUCAUAAUCUUUCAUAAAGCUUACAAAUGAUUAUCAUUUUAAGGGAAGCAAGGUCACGUGAGUUGGUGGCGGUGAGAGGAAUAUGUAUGUUUUUUUUUGUUAAAGAGGAAUAUGUAUGUUACAGAACUUGAGAUU